AAGAGUCACGAAAAUGAAAAGGGGCGUGUCUUAUUUACCUCUUCGCCUGACCAAAGGUAAACACUAGUUACUAGAACAGAGUGGGAGAGUCUUCGGAAAGCCACGACUGCAACGGAACAGAUUGUGCACGAAUCCGAAGAGGAACCGAGAGAUGAUCCUGAGCAUCGUGGUGCUGGUGACCCUGUGGUUUGUCCACCGGUGGUUCAAGGAGUCCAAACGUGUGGCAAACAGUGGAGACAAGCAUGUCUACAUCACCGGCUGCGACACUGGCUUUGGACAUCUCCUGGCCAAGAGCCUGGAUAAGAGGGGCUUCCGCGUGAUUGCCGGCUGCUACACCGAAAAGGGCGAAGAUGAGCUGAAGAAGGCCUCUUCCGACAGACUGAAAACGCUUCAUGUGGAUGUUACCGACUCUGCCAGCGUUAGACAGGCCGCGGCUUUCAUCGACAUCCUUGUCGGGCAGAAAGGUCUGUGGGCCGUUGUAAACAAUGCGGGCGUGGCUGUGCCGUCGGCCCCCACAGACUGGCUUACUAUUGACGACUACAAGGGAAUGCUAGCUGUCAAUUUGGUGGGUCUGAUCGACGUGACCCUGAGCGUCCUGCCUCUCAUCAAGAAGGCCCGAGGCAGGGUGGUAAACGUGGCGAGCGUGUUCGGGCGUUUAAGCCCGUUCGGCGGCCCGUACUGCGUGUCCAAAUACGGCGUGGAGGCCUUCAACGACAGCCUGCGUUUGAACUUGGCGCCAUUUGGAGUCAAAGUGUUGUGCAUCGAGCCCGGCUUCUUCAAAACAAACGUCACAAACACCGAGAUCUUGGAAAAUAACCUGAAGAAGCUCUGGGACAGAUUACCUCAGGAUGUGAAAGAUGACUACGGACCAGACUUUUUGGAAUGUGCGUUUAAAAUGAUCUCUGAAAGAUUGCUGACGGACAGCGACCUGAUGAAAGUGGUGGGCUGCAUGGAGCACGCCAUCGCCGCCGUCCACCCUCGCACUCGUUACUCGCCCGGAUGGGACGCCAAGUUCAUCUGGCUGCCUCUGUCCUACAUGCCCACAUUCAUCACGGACAGGUUCUUCCUUAAUUUCAGCCCCAAGCUUAAAGCAUCUGUCUUGUAAAAUACAACGUGAGUUUUCCAUGUGGUGUUGCCGCCAUUUCAAUACUUGAUCAUUCCUACGGAUUACGUGUCAAACUCACGCUCGCGAUGAAAAUGAGUUUGACAGCAUGCAUUAGCAUAUCACAUAAUCUUGUCUGGUAGCAGUUUGUUGCACCAUUGUGUCCUAAAGUCAAUCCAAUUUCAGCAGUAACACUUACUGUAUAUGUAAGACUUAGCACAGACAACCAACCUCUUAUCUAUUGUCUGGAUCUUGUGCUACUUUUCAAGGGCUUAAUAUUCAACUUGCUUUUGUUCGUAUUGGACUUUGGCUUGACUUAACUGGGAUCCAGCGCCAAAAGCUCCUAUGGCAUUUCAGCUCAAUGUACUGUAUAUCCACAGCAUUUUAAGUUUUUACGUCAAGCCUAUAUGAGCAGUGAUAGAUAGAACAUUUCAACAUGUUUUAUGCAGUUGUAACCUUUAUACCCUGUACAAUCAGUUGAUAUAUAUAUAUAUAUAUAUAAAAUAUUUUUUGAGAGGGGGAAGUAAAAAAUAUAUACUGUGCACAAGUGUACGCUGUCUAGUCAACUUUUUAUGACUUUUUUUCCUAGUAUCAGCCUUGGUCAUUGCCAUUUCCAACUGUUCAUAAUUCCUUCCACCUUGACCACGGCUUCAGUUCCAGCUGAUUUACUACAAAUGGAUUUCAGCUGUUCUAGUAGGCUUUUACUGACUAGUGCUCUCUAGCAGAAGCCUGAAGGUUUUGUGCUAACACUGACUGCUAUUCCAAAGUGUUUAUAAUUCCUUGCAUCUUGAGUAUGGCCUCAGUUCCAACUGAUUUGCCCCAAAUAAAUUUCAGCUGUUCAAGUAGACUUUUCCUCACUUUUUGUGCUAACACUGUCUUCUGUUUUGAACUGUUCAUAAUUCUUUUCACCUUAACUUCAACCUCAGUUCUAGCUGAUUUUCCCCAAUUAAAUCUCAGAUGUUCUAGUAGGCUUUUCCUGACUUUUUGGGGGUGCCGGGGGGCUUUCGAGCCAAGGCCUGUAGAUUUUUGUGCUAAUGUUGUCUGCUACUUUGAACUGUUCAUAAUUCCUUCCACACUUGACUACGUCCUCAGUCCCAACUGAAGAAAAGCAGCCCCAAAGCAUGAUGGGGUGCCACUAUUUUGUUUCAUUGCAUGUAUGGUGUUCUUUUGGUGGUGAGCAGUGAUGUGUUUGUGCCAAACAUAACUUUUAAUUACCUUAUGGCCAAAAAGUGUAGCCUGAGUUUCACUGGACCGUAAGAUAUGUCUCAAAAUAUGUUUGGGAGAUUUUGUUACUGUCGCAUUAACGGUGGAGAAAAUUCUUAAACGAUUUCUCGUGAUCUGCUUUUUUUUGUAUCACAAAAACCUGUUUUUUGAACAGGAGUGCAUAGACUUUUAUUUUUAUAGCCACUGUAUGAAGCAUGUAAGUAUGCCAGCGUUUACACUUCAAAAAUACAAAUAAAAGUUAUUGUUAUAACCACA